AUGGGACGUGGGCGAUUGACAGAUCGUCACGGAGGUGUGGCUGCAUUAGGAAAGUCGUUAGGAAAUCGGACGCUUGAUGGAGCUAUGCAUGCCAAGUGGGGAAAGCCUCCUUCCGCAUUUCCAAAGAUUGCCGAAAGAGGGGAAGGUCAUAGAGUACAAUCCCGAUUGGCAACUCAUUCUUCCGUCCAUGAAGAGGAAUAG